AUGAACGAAGCUUUUCUUAUGAAGAUUACUUGGAAUGUGAUUAAAGGUCACAAGUUUGGCUAUGAUCUUAUGCAAAGUCGCUAUCUUGAUGGUUUCGACAGACCGUGUGACACGUUGCUUGCCUCUUCGGUUUGGGGUAGAAUCAAGCAGCUUGUUCCGGAGCUUAUCGCUGAUUCUUAUUGCCUUUUGGGAAGAGGUUUUUCGGUGCUUUUUUGGGAUGAUGAUUGGCUCGGGUAUUUCAUUGCUGACAAGAUUAGCAUUCCAAGUUUUAUGAGACAUAGGCUCAAGCAAACGGUUGCUGAUUAUUUCUAUGAUGGUUAUUGGCACUUUGCCAUGGAAUUUGUGGAGAAAUUUCUAAACACCGUCUGCGACAUCCUUUUGAUGCCGAUUGGUCAUGAUGAUGAUAUUCGGUUUUGGAAACCUUCGGUGCAUGGGGAAGUGACCUCAGCUCUUGCUUUCGCUUCGCGUUGCCACCAUUUCCCGAUGGUAGCCUGGGGUAGAUGGAUCUAG